AUGUCAGCCCCUCUUACCUGCAUCACUGACAGGGGAAACCGGGUUGAAAAAUCCGAAGGUAUUAUCUCGACCUAUGCCGGGAUUAAACCCUGGACCUUCAGAGAAUCUUUAGAUAUUUUGAUGGAGACAUUUUAUACAGAAAUAGAGAAACUCAGAGAUCAGACUUUACAGGGUCAGACAAAGAAUGUAAACUGUAAAGCGUUACAUCAAUCUGUUAAAGCACUAUGUGCUAUCUUAGCUAAAAUAGAAACCACUGAAAUAACCAAAGCUAUCGACAGACUGAACAGUAUUAUUUCACAGUUAAACAAGCCGAACGAUCCAAUGAGUCAGUCAACAGAUAGAGAUACAGUAGACGCUAUUCAUGCUGCAAUAAGAUGUUCUGUGAUAGAAGAGUUUGAAGAAAGUGUUGAUGGUCUAGUCACCUCAGUCAAACAACUUAUUAGAAUGUAUUGUCAAACUUUUCAUACUGAUUUUAUAAUGGGAACAACAGUCGGGGUACCUAAAGUUAAAAAAACUCUCAGAAAACUCUCAGAAAACUCUCAGAAAUCGAACAAAUCUCCAACGUUCUGUGAGAAAUAUUGCUUGACAUAUAACAUUAUCUAG